AUGAAGUUCUCAGUCAUCGCACUUCUCUCUGCCAGCGCCCUGGUCUCUGCCGCCCCCGUAGCAGAGCCAGCCCUCGAUGAACGUCAGGCUGCUCAGAGCAUCCAUGAAGCCAUGGUUGCGAAGGGAAAGAAGUACUUCGGUACGUGCGCUGACCAGGGCCGUCUGAACACUGGCUCCAACUCGGCCAUCAUCAAGGCGAACUUCGGUCAGGUCACACCUGAGAACAGCAUGAAGUGGGAUGCCACCGAGAGCUCCAAGGGGAACUUUAACUUCGGCCAGGCUGAUCAACUCGUUUCGUUCGCUACCACCAACAACAAGCUCAUUCGUGGUCACACCACCGUCUGGCACUCGCAGCUCCCAGGCUGGGUCUCAUCUAUCCGCGAUAAGGCCACCCUCACCCAGGUUAUGCAGAACCACAUCACCACACUCUUGACUCACUUCAAGGGCAAGGUCUACGCCUGGGAUGUCAUCAACGAGAUGCUCAACGAGGAUGGCUCCUUCCGCUCGUCCGUCUUCUACAAUGUGUUGGGCGAGGAUUUCGUUCGCAUUGCCUUCGAGACGGCCAAGGCUGCGGACCCAGACGCAAAGCGGUACAUUAACGACUACAACUUGGACCAGGCGAGCUACGCAAAGACGCAGGGUAUGGUGCGCAACGUGAAGAAGUGGAUCGCAGCGGGCAUCCCGAUCGACGGUAUUGGUUCUCAGGGCCAUUUGACCUCCGGCCAGGGCGCCAACGCGCCGGCUGCCAUGGCCGCGCUGUGCGGUGCGGCGUCCGAGUGUGCACUGACCGAGGUCGAUAUCCAGAAUGCGUCUGGAUCGGACUGGACCAACGUCGUCAACGCGUGCAUGCAGCAGAAGAACUGUGUGGGCAUCACUGUGUGGGGCGUGCGGGACAACGACUCAUGGAGACCGCAGGGCAACCCGCUGCUGUUCGACUCGUCGUACAAGGCGAAGUCGGCGUACACCACUGUGUUGAACGCUAUCAACGCGGCGUCUUCAUCUUAG